AUGAGUUCUGACUAUGCUAAGCCAUAUUCGGACUUUAUUGGAGCAUUUGAAAAGCUUUUUCUUAUAAAAUCCAAUGAAUCUGUUGAAGACGUGUGCAAUAUCAUCACAAAUGUUUUAAUUUCGAAAUAUCAAAUUACCAAAAACCAACUCUCAUCGAUCAUUUUAAAAGCAUUUCUAUAUAAUUAUGCAUCAAGAGAAAAUUACAUAAAAAUUCUCAAGAAUAUUGGUUUUGAUAAUGAGGUACUUUCGAAUUUAACAUUCCCAUUGGAGGAUUCAGUCGAAUUUAUUGUUAUACAUGAUUAA